AUGAAGCGCAACGCGUUCUUCGAGGAGCUCGCGCCGUCGAAGCGCCUGCGCGCCUCGGGGGGGUUCGAGGCGCUGCCCGACGGGGUGCUGGGGAUGCGCGACGACCGCCGCCGCAUGGCCGAGCGCAUGUUCGAGGCGCUCGCGUACAACCACGAAUUCAUGCCGCUGGCGCGGGACGCGCUCGCGCUGUUGGGGUCCUGCCGGCUGCUCCGCUACGGUCCCCUGUUUGCGCGCACGGUGGUGUUCCAGCACAUGCUCCACCAGAACUUCCUGGAGCUCUGCUUUGAGAAGCUCGCCGAGGGCUGCCGCUUGCCGCAGCACGAGCUCCGGGCCCUGCAGAUCACUGUGGAGAGGAUGUCUCCCGCCCAGGCGCGUCGCCACGCCCUGGAGCAGGCGCUUCUGCGCCUCGCCGUCCGGUGCACGACGGCCCGCUACCGCUGCAACCGCCACCUGGCGCGCGGCGCCGGCCUUGACCGGCUCACCGGCCGACCUCUCCGGAGCAAGCUGGAGGACAUCGAGGACGAGGGCAAGGUCAAGCAGCUGGCGCGUUCAUCCGGCGAGACCGCCGACUCCCCGUAUAGAAAAUCAUGUCUAGUUGGGCACAGCAACGAGAAGCCAUCCGCCGAGCGGCCCAAGGCGGCGUCAGAGCGAGGACGAACGCCCAAGGCGCGCAGCGGCUCCCGCUCGCCAACAACCGCCUGCGGGAAAGCGGGCCAGUUCUACUACGGCCUCGUGGGAGGCCGCCCCGCCUCCAGACAAUUCGACGAGGAGCAGCUCCGCGAGGGCCCCACCGACUACAUCCUCCUGCGCUCCGGCCUCAAGAAGCCCGUGCGCUCCCUGCAGCCCGACGGCAGCUACCACCUCACCAAGCUCGGGAAAUCCUUCUUCCGCGACAAGUACACGGAGUGGCUGGCCCACGUCCCCGUCCGCAUCACGGGCACCCGCCAGCGCGGCCGCAAUGCCGGGCGCGCCUACAUGCGCGAGGACUUCCUGCCCGUGACCGUGGUCAACGGCAGCCUCUCCCGCCAGUCCAGCGGCCUCAGCGACGCGCAGGCCCACGCCCGCGUGAAGGCAGCCGCGCGCCAGCUGGGCAACCCGAACGACGGCGACCCGAUCAUGGAGCUCAGUCAGGAGACGUACCGCUACGACGCCAACCGCGACUGGGCCUUCUCAACCAGACCCUGCAGGCCAUCGACAACCGGGCGCAGACGGAGGUCGCCCUGCGGCAGCCCAUGGGCGCGCUGCAGGAAAUCACCCAAUAGCUCCGGUUAG